AUGAUAAAAGCAAAAUAAUUAGUGUUAGUAGCAAUUUUAAUUUUAAGUGUCUUCUUAAAUGGCUGCAAUUCUUAAGUAGAAGAAGAGCUUGUACAAAAGCAGUAAGAAGCUUAACAAUAAGGAUAAUCUAGUGGUGAAUAAGGCGAUUAGCAAAAAUAUAAAUUAGAAAUAGGCGACGAAGAAGUCUUCUUAAGCAAAGAAGAAUAUAAUGAAUUGAUGACUUUUUUCAAAAAUUAUGAUACUAAUGGAGAUGGUUAUGUUGAUAGAGAAGAGUUUAUUGUAAUGGGCAGAUCAGUAGAUUCAUCAAUUUCAUUUAGUUCCUCUUCUGAUUAAGAAAUCUCAGAUUUAAUUAGCAUGGUUGAUUUCAACUAAGAUGGAUUGCUUUCUUUUCCUGAAUUUAUAUCUUUGGGAUUUUUGUAUGAUGACUAAGAAACAUAAGGAGAUGAUGGUUUGGAUGGUAUUUUAAAUGGAGAUUAUGAAGAAGAAGGAUAGUAUAGUGGUAAUAUCAAUGAUUAACAAGGAUAAUUCAUUCCUGAUGAUCUUUGA